AUACUCGUCACACCAGACUAUCGAACCCCUUGAAGCGCCUGUCUUCCUUUCUUGUCACGCAAAUCAGGCGACAUCGAGAACCCUCGCUUGUUCCAGCUCGUCAUCCGGCCAUGAACGCCGAUACCGUUCUCAUCUACCUCGACCGAGCUCGGUACUACGCCUUGGACGCCGUGUCCACAAUCUCGCAAUGCCUUUGCAAACCGGAUGCGACGCUAAAGAUUAACGGCCGGACGUACAAGGUCGAGAAGCUGCUCGGUGAAGGAGGAUUCUCUUUCGUCUACCUGAUCCAGGAUACCUCUUCUCUCCGACAUUAUGCCCUCAAGAAGAUCUUGAUCUCUUCAAGUUCUGGAAUGGGAGGAGGUGGAGGAGAGGAAGCGCUGAAAGAGGUCAUGAAGGAGGUCGAAGCGUAUAGACGGUUCAAGCACCCAAAUAUCAUCAAGAUCCUGGAUGUCGCCGUUGUGCAGAGUGAUGAGGAUGGUGGUGGCGGCAAGGUUGUCUACCUCUUUCUGCCUUAUUACCAGCGAGGAAAUCUGCAGGACGUCAUUUCGCAUCAAUCGAUCACCAAUCAACGAAUGUCAGAGAAAGAGAUGCUUCGACUGUUCAAAGGCACCUGCCUUGCCGUCCGAGCCAUGCACAAGUAUAGACUUCCCAAUAUCCCUCAGUCGUCAGGCGCCGACUCGGAGAACCCGUUCUCCAACCCGUCCACAGCCUCUUAUCCACCGAAAUCGAAACUAGACGUUCCCACACUAGAACGAGGAGAAUCGUCUAAUGCUUUGGAACCGCUCAUCAACGAUGGACAGGUCGUCUUUGAUGGUGACGAAGAGCUGGUGGAUGAGCAGAACGAGAGGGCGACUCGGCCUGAUAAGGGGAAGGGGAGGGCGAAGGACGAUGAUGAUCUGGGGGAAUUGAUCCCGUACGCUCAUCGUGAUAUCAAGCCAGGCAAUAUCAUCAUAUCGGACGACGGGCAGCCCAUUCUAAUGGACUUUGGGUCGGCAAAGAAAGCUCGUAUCCAUAUCGACACGCGUCAAGAAGCUUUACUGGAGCAAGACGUGGCUGCAGAGCACUCUACGUUGCCUUACAGAGCUCCAGAAUUGUUCGACGUCAAGACAGGGUCUUGGUUGGACGAAAAGUGUGAUGUCUGGUCACUCGGCUGUACUCUUUUCGCUCUAGCCUAUGACUAUUCUCCCUUCGAGGAUCCAUCUCAAGGCGGUGGAUCGAUUGCGAUGGCUGUAGGGAGUGGGAGGUACAAGCACCCUACGAAUAGCGAGUGGUCCAAGGGUUUCAAACUCUUAAUUGACUCGAUGUUGAUCCUCGACCCGGCGCAGCGACCGGAUAUUGACAAGGUUAUCGAGCUGACGGACGGGGUCAUCAAGACAAUCCGAUAGAUGUCUACUAGAAGAUGUUCUGUAACAAAACCAAGCAAAAUAGGUAACAUGUUAUCAUACCGGAUAGUGGGCUGGUUACGGUUGCGACUGGCUGGAUCGCUCAUUCCGAAACAAGACUGGUGAAGAGAGAAUACAUGGAGCCAGCAUCGAGGUCGAUGCCGAGAAUCGGGAAGCGACACCGUUUUUCA